UGGCCGCUCUCACUGUAUCGUGUAGGUUUUUUUUAUUUCCUCCAGCAUAGCAGAUAAAUAACCAUACCAUUAUUUAUUGUAGAGCCUCAGACAAAGAGGAAGAGAGACGGGGUUGUUCUUAACGCCGCCUGUCUUCAACGAGGUUCAGGUUGGAAAGUGGAUCAUUCUCCAAUGGACACCCCUGAGAGUCCCACCCAGUCUCCUGAAAGCCCCAACCAAUCACCCCAAUCCCCAGAGGAAGAGAGGGCAAUUUCUGACAGUGAGUUCCUGGCAUCCCCCGAGGAGGAGGAGGAGGACAGGCUGCUCUCUGAAAGUGAGCUGCUGAAUGAUGAAGACAACGGUGGUUUAGAUGAAGAGGGUGGUGAAGUUGGGGACUCUGAGCUGGAUGAUGAUGAAGAUGGGGGGGUAGUUCAGGAGCGUAUCUCUGACCCAGAGCAUGAUGAAGCUGAUGGGGAAGGUGAAAGGGAUAGGCAUACUAUUCUAGAACAGGAGCAGGAGGAGUCAGUGGGGAUGGUGAUGAUGGGACAGGAGCGACAGGAAAGCCAAUCAGAUGAGGAGGAGGACCGGAUCAGCCAAACUCCUAAGUCCCCUGAUUCUGAGCCAGAGCAGGAGAGGUCAUCCCCUUUAGCUGAGGAGAUGUCCAGCCAUGAGAAGGAAGAUGAGAGUGGGGAACCGUCUGUGAAGUUGGCAGUGGAGACAGCAGAAGUAGAUGAUGAAGAGGAGGAAGAGAGACUGAGGAGGAGGAGGGUGGUGGUGAAUCAGAUGAAGGAGGAGUUGUCGUCUGUGUCCAGAGAGCUUGACGAGCAUGAGCUGGACUAUGACGAGGAGGUUCCUGAGGAGCCCAAUGUUCUAGCGCCUGAAGAAGAUGACGAGGUAGAGAAAGGACCCAGAGAAGGGGAUGAGAAAGAGGACAAGAGCGUCAAAAAGAAAGAGAAGAUACCAAUCCUUCCUCCAUCCCCAAAAGACGGUCCACCUAAGAAGCCUGAAGAGUCCAGGGCUCAGGACAGAGGAAGGAGAGAUUCCUUUCGUGACAAAAAGGACGAGGAUGAUGGAGAGAUUGAUGAGGGAGAAAUAGAUGAUGAUGACCUGGAGGAGGGAGAGGUGAAGGACCCCAUGGACAGGAAGGUCAGACCCAGACCCGUCUGCAGGUUCUUCAUGAAAGGUAACUGCACAUGGAGUAUGAAUUGUAGGUUCAUCCAUCCAGGGGUCAACGACAAGGGCAACUACUCUCUCAUCUCCAAGCCAGACCCCUUCUCUCCCAACGGGGCACCACCUGGAGCACCCCACCCUCUCAUUCCUGGAAGCAACCCCUGGGGUGGACCUGCUGUUGAGGAGCUCCCUCCACCCCCUCCUCCAGUGGAGCCUCCUGUGGAGAGUGCCUGGGAGAGGGGUCUGAGACAUGCCAAAGAGGUGUUGAAAAAAGCUACCAUACGCAAAGAGCAGGAGCCAGACUUUGAGGAGAAGCGCUUUAACGUGACCAUUGGAGAGGAUGAGCGAGACUUUGACAAGGAGAAUGAUUUCUUUAGGGAACGCAGCUACCGCAUCACCAGAGAAAUCAGAGACCCGGGUGACUUGGAGUUCAGAGACCCAGUCUAUCCUAAUGACCCAUAUGCGGAUCCAUACUAUGACUAUGAGAUGGAGGCCUUCUGGAGAGGGGGACAGUAUGAGAACUUCAGAGUGCAGUACACAGAGACCCCUCUGCCCUACCACUACAGUGAGCGUGAACGUGAGCGGGACCCGCGAGAGCGCCAUCGUGACCGUGAGCGGGACCACCGCGAGCGAGAACGCCGGCAGAGAGAACGUGAAAGGGAAAGAGAGAGGGAGCGAGAGAAGGAGAGAAUGCGCAGAAAGGAGGAGUGGGAGAGGGAUCGCAUGAAGCGUGAUGAGAAGGAGAGGCCCGUCAGGGAGCGGCCUCCACGCGAACCUCGGGAGAAGAAGGAGGGGGAGGACAAGCAGCCUAAAGGUCCCCCCAGGUCCCCCAUCGAUACCAACAUGCCCCCCAAUCGGCCGAUGAUGGAGCCGCCUCUCAAAACGGAGCUGAUGCCCAUGUCCAAGCGGCCAGAUGAGUGGAAGGACCCCUGGCGCCGGUCUAAAUCCCCCAGGACACGUCCGGGCAUGUCCGGGUCACCACCGCGGGGCCGCCGGCGUCACCGGCCCUCUGGAUCCUCUGUCUCACUGUCCAACUCCUCUAGGUCUUCGUCCCGCUCUUCCUCCUACACAGGCUCCGGAUCAUCCCGGUCUCGCUCUCGCACCUCGUCCUUCAGCUCGUACUCCAGCCACUCCUCCCAGCACAGCUCCUUCAGCGGCAGCCGCUCCAGGUCCAGAUCGUUCUCCUCGUCUCCCUCUCCGACCCCUUCAGCACAGAGAAACGCCAAGAAUAAAGCAGCAGCCCCACUGGCCCUAGGGCCCAAAGGCAUCCCGUCGAAACCUGGUGCGCCUUCCCCUCCUGGUAGGGAGAAGGCUCCCCCCAAGAAGGCUCCAAGCCCACCACUGCCAGGCCAGCCUGGGAAACCCCCCAAACCCACCCUAGAGGGGGCUAAGCCUGGCAACUCCCGCGAGCCCCGUGAGGUGGGCCGACCCAUGCCGCCUCAGGAGGGGGGCAAACCCCUCAACCUGCGGGAGGGCCGACGGAAGGAGCGGCAGCAGCACAAUCCACCGAGGAGGCAGACGGUCAGUGGCAGUGUGAGUGGCAGUAGUUACUCUGGCUCCAGCUCUCGCUCAAGAUCCCACUCCUCCUCUGCAACCAUCUCACCUUCCGGGUCCAAGAAGUCCAGGUCUCUGAGUGUGAGCAGUGUGUCUAGCGUGUCCUCGGCCUCCAGCAGCAGCUCUGUGAGGAGCGCUGACUCAGAUGACAUGUACGCCGACCUGGCCAGCCCUGUGUCGUCAGCCAGCUCCCGCUCCCCAACCCCAGGACACCCCCAUGCACGCAAGGAGAGGGGCCCCCCACGGGACAGGGACCCCAACAAGGACAAAGGGAAGCCCACUAAGAAAGAUGAGCCCCAUCCCCCCAGGGAGGACCGGAGGAAGAUGGAUCCCUCAGGCCUCCCUCCCAGAAACACUCACGGUCCCAUGCCCAGGUCUGGGCCUGGCAGCAGGGGCCAUGGUCCUGGAGGCCACCCCAUGCACCCGCCGCACGGACCUCCCAUGGGUCCCCCUGGAGGUUACGGCCAGCACAAAGACAUCAAACUUACGCUCCUCAACAAGCAGCAGGCAGAGCGGGGUAACAGGAAGCGAUACAUGCCUUCAGACAAGGACAGGCCGACCUCUCCCCUCAGCAAGAGGAUAGCAAUGUCUCCUGAGAGAGGUCGUGGUGACAGGAGGAUGCCUGGACGGCCCCCUCUCUCUCCUAGAAUGGACCGGCCUAGAGGCCAGGGCCCUCGUCCCAUGCCCCCACCGGGAGAAAGAAAACGUCCUCUGUCCCCACCACCCAAGUCGUCUGGGAAAGGUCCAGGGGGGUUGUCAUCGGGCUCAGGCAAGCAGCCCCCAGGCGGCCCGGGCUCAGGCAAGCCUAGCAGCACACUGUCCCGCCGUGAGGAGCUGCUGAAACAGCUCAAAGCUGUGGAGGACGCCAUUGCCCGCAAGAGGGCCAAGAUCCCUGGGAAAUAACCCUCACCCUGCUCGCCCGCCUGUCUGCCCAAGUCACCCAGGCAACUACAAGCAUCAAGGGACAUAAAAUCACCAAUCCCGUUCAUGACGCCUAGCGUUCUCUGGAGAUUUUAAAAAGGUUUCUGUCCCAAAAUGUAAAGGCUAUUGUGUAAUUGUUCCUCGACAAAAUGGCCACCAAAACAUUUUUGCUUGUUUGCCCUCAGAGAGAGGUUGUCUUGAUGAUUUUACAGUACUGAAGAAAUUUAGUAGCAGGGUGUCAUUGUUGCUCUCUUGUCUGUUUAAUAAGAAAGGAGAAUAUUGACAUUGUCUCAAUGAUAUGGUGAAUUUAUAUACUUUUGAUCCACUCUCUCGGUCUGCCCCUUUUACUGUCUCAUAUCUCUCAUGUCUUAUUUUUAUCGAUUUUUUGUUGUUAUUUUGGGGUUGGAGUUGGUCUUGCCCUGUUCGAUUCUAAAAAUCCUGGAAACCGCUUCUAGGCUCCCAUCUGGUUCUCUGUACAAACAUUUAGCUUCUGUAUUCAUUCAGACUGAGAAACAUUGAACACGCUCAAAGGACCUCUUGUUCAUGGUGGUCACAUCUUAACCAAUUACUUUUCCUCUUCUAGGUCUGUGCAUUGUGUUAUCUUACAGUGUGUAUUUUACAUACUAUUUUCAAUCAUAGUGAGCAUAUGACAAGCACCCUUUUUUUCUCAAGUGUAUGAUUAUAGAGAACAAAUUGACAAAUUGCUUUUUUUUCUCCAGCUCUUCUCAAGUGAUAAACUGUUUUAUUUGUCCCACAUUUUUAGUUGACACAGGAGUGUAUGUUUGUGCUUUUGUGACAAAAGGCUUCUAAAUAAACUAUUUUGAUAAAGCAAAA